AUGAAUUCAAAUUCAUAUGUCCAAUUAUCAAAAUUUUGGUUGCUAAACUAAUUGGGUCAUUAUAAAAUUUAAGCAAAAGGAAGGAAGAACUUAAAAGCCAAGUUUAUGAAGAUGAGAAUGAGAGAUAUAGAAUAGAGAAAGAAGUAGACCAUCUCAGAAGCUGAACAUACAAAUAAUAAUAUGAUCACACAUCAUACAACUCAAUUAAUUUAAACUCUCUUCAACUUCAAUUAAGCAUCAAUUUUUAUAAUUAUUUAUGCAUCUCUAUAUCAUUUAAGUAUUGAUCAAACAUUUGUGAUUGACAUUUUACUUAGAAGUAAGUCAUUCUUAAUAUAGAACUAAUUCUCAACUAUUGAAUAUCAAAUUUUGAUUAAAAUUCUAUAUACUUUUCUGAUUGUGAAAUUUCGUAAUUAAAUUAAUAAAAUGAGUUCACCUGAUAAAUCACCAUUAUUCAAGUUUAUUAUCAUUGGAGAUGCAGGAGUUGGAAAGUCUUGCUUAUUGAUGAGAUAUAUGAAGGAUGAUUUUACAACUGAAUACAAUGUGACUAUAGGAGUGGAAUUCCUAUCAAAAGUUGUGAAUAUCAACGAGGAUACAAAAGUGAAACUAUAAAUCUGGGAUACUGCUGGUCAAGAGUCGUUUAGAUCAGUAGUCAGAUCAUUUUAUCGAAAAGUGGCUGCAGUUUUCUUAGUCUACAGCAUCACAAAUAAACAAUCCCUUGAACGACUCGAUUCGUGGUUAAAGGAGGCAAAAGAUCACUCUUCUGCAUCGAUUAUCACAGUUUUAGUUGGUGCUUAAAAUGAUAGAGAAUCAGAACGAGAAGUAUCUUAUGAGGAAGGUAAAUAUUGGAUGGAAACAAAUGGGCUUAAUCUAUUUUUUGAAACCUCCUCAAAAACAAGAGAAAAUGUGGAUGAGGCAUUCGCUGAAACAGCUAAAUUAGUUUUCUUGAAUCACAUAAAUGGUGGUGCCAAUAAUGAAGCCAAAUUGCCUUCUCUCAAUUAAACUGAUUUAAGUGUAAAGAAGCUUCAUCAACCUUUAGAAAAAUAGGAUAAAAAAAUAGAUGAAAACAAAAGUUGCUGUUGA